AUGACUGAAGAAACAAAUCAAAACAAUACAUCAUCAUCAACCUUGACGGAAGAAGCCCAACCAGGAAGACGAAAAUUUAUCAGAAAAACCACUGUGGAAGAGGAAGAAAAUAAGAAUGAAACAGAUCCAGAACUCUUACGUCAAUUGAAAACAAUACAAGAAAGAAUAAAAAUUUUGGCAAAAAGGGAUGAUCCAAACCAAGACAAGGCACUUCGUGAAAGUGUUCCUGGAUAUUCUGAACAAAUCACAUUGUUUGAAAAUUUAAAGGAAAAGAAAUUAUUACUUGCUCUCAGAUACAAGGAGAUGCAAAUGAAAAACAUUGAAGAAAUAUAUAGUAGUGAUAUUCAACAAGCCAAAUCAGAUUUUGAAAAUGAUAUUAACAAUUAUAAUGAAAAUUUGUUAAUUCAAACUCAAAAGGAAGAGAAACGGUUGAAUGAUUUGAUUCAAUUUGGUACAGUUAGAAGAGAGAAUGAACCAACUCAAACCGAAGAUGAUAAAAAACCUGGAAGAAAACUCACAAGAAAUAGAAGAAGUGGAGCCAACAAUAGCUCUUAUGGAAAUGGUGAAAAAUGGUCCAAUGUCAUUAACAUGUCCUAUGAGACUUACAGUAAGAAAAAGAGAAUACCUUGCUCUGUGGAAGGCAUGAAUUUCGGCCUAAGCUCUGAAGAAAUAGGACAAGAUUUGAAGAGGAUCAAGUUGUAAUUGACACCUAUCACAAACUUGUAUUUUAAUACACAAAACUAAUUAUUAUUU